AAGACCAGAAGUGACGAAUUAUAUGAAGCAUUGUCGAUUAGAUCUUUAUUAGCACGCCAAUCUACAACAUGGACGUUACAGUAUUCGCAACUCUGACUCUCAUCCUAUUGAUAUUCUGUAUGUUUAUCUACUCAACAUGGGAUAAAAUGUACAGACCGCGGAAUUUACCUCCUGGACCAAUGCCUCUCCCGGUUAUUGGAAGCUUGUUGGAAAUAAAGAGUGGAGAGCUGGUAAAAUCCUUAAACCAGCUCAGAGAGAAGUACGGCUCCAUAUAUACUCUCUACUUCGGGUCACGACCAGUAGUAAUACUCACUGGUUACCAAAUGGUUAAAGAUGCACUUAUUGACCACGGAGAAGACUUCAGUAACCGUGGCCAGAUGCCAAUGGUGGACAGAUUCUUCCAGGCUCAUGGGAUGAUCCUCAGCAAUGGCGAGCGCUGGAAACAACUACGUCGCUUUACCCUAAUGACCCUAAGGAAUUUUGGCAUGGGGAAGAGAAGCAUUGAGGAAAGAAUCCAGGAGGAGGCUCAAUUUUUAGUUGAAGAGCUGAAAACAUACAAACAAAAAACAAUCAACCCUACCAAUAUCCUGGUCCAGGCCGUAUCCAAUGUCAUCUGCUCCGUGGUGUUUGGCAGUCGGUUUGAGUAUGCAAACUUGAAGUUUCUGAAGCUUCUCAAUAUUUUUAAUGAAGCAUUUCAGCUCAUGAGCUCCACCUGGGGGCAGCUGCACGACAUGAUUCCAGAGAUAACAACCCACAUACCUGGACCACACCAGAAAAUUAACAAACUCUUAGGAGAAAUUUUGGUGUUUGUCACUGAAAGAGUCAAAAUUAAUCAGGAAACAUUGGACCCCUCCAACCCUCGGGAUUUCAUUGACUGUUUUCUCAUCAAAAUGAGCCAGGAAAAACAAAACCCAAACUCUGAAUUCAACUCUAAGAACUUGAUGCUGUCAGUGAUUCAAAUCUUUUUCGCGGGAACAGAGACGAUCAGCAGUACUCUUAGACACGGUCUUCUCAUCCUCCUCAAACAUCCUGAGAUUGAAGCAAAACUUCAUAAGGAAAUUGAUAAAGUCAUUGGGGAAAACCGGUGUCCAAAUACUGAAGACCGGUCCAAGAUGCCAUAUACAGAUGCCGUAAUUCAUGAAAUCCAAAGAUUUAGUGAUGUUCUACCUCUCAAUCUCCCACAUUCUACUGUAAAAGACAUCACUUUUCAUGGAUAUACAAUUCCAAAGGGUAUUGAUGUAUAUCCCCUUCUGUACUGUGCUCUCCGAGAUCCGGAUUAUUUUGCGACUCCAAAUAAGUUUAACCCGGACCAUUUCCUGGAUGAGAAUGGCAGCUUCAAAAAAGAAGACGCUUUUAUUCCAUUCUCCACAGGAAAGAGGGUCUGUGCCGGUGAAGGAUUGGCUAAAAUGGAGCUUUUUCUCUUCCUUACAAUCAUCUUACAGAACUUCAAGCUAACCACCAAGAUGGAGUUAACUGAAGCUGACAUCAGCCCUAAGAUGACUGGAUUUGCCAAUGUCCCGAUACCUUAUGAGCUCUCAUUUGUUUCCCGUUAGUUGCCCAUUGUUCUAGCAGGAUAUCUGGCUUUCACCUCCCAUAUCCAUCUGGUGGUUAUGAGACAAAAAGAAAAACAUAGGAGCUUUUAGUAAUCCUAAACAAUAUAAAAGGGGAGAUUAUAAUGCUUUCUUAAUAUCUAUGACUAUCAGAAAGUCUUUCUUGGUGUUUGUAUCGUUGAUGUGUGAUAGAAAUCCAAGGACCAAGUGUCUAUGUUCACAGGCAGAAGGAGAUAGGCGACUGUCAGAC